CUUCUCUUACAUUUUCUCUUUUUCGAUGGUUUUCCUUUUAACUAUUAUAAAAAUGGAACAGAACCAGGAAAUAAAAUUCCGGUCUUUUUCUUCACCUGGAAUUUCAAAGUCUUCAAACCAAAAAUUCAAUUCUAACCCUUUCCUUCGCUUUUAUUUUGAUUGUAACCCAAUUCUUUGUUCCACAGUUUGAUUUUAAAGCACAAAUUUGGGGUUUAAUUUGGAGAAAAUGUUGCAGAAAUCAGGAGGACGAGUAAUGGCAUUGAAUGUUUUCAGGUUCUGCACGGCCUUGCGUGCUCUUGGCUCUAUAAUGAUGGUAUUGGUCAUUGGCAUUAUUGGGCUUACGUAUUAUGUCGUUGUGAUAACCGAUUACGGUCCAGCUCUCUUUCAUGGAGGCCUGGAGACGCUUGCUUCUUUUGCUGUCUUGCUUUUGUUCCAUUUUUUGCUGGUGAUGCUAUUAUGGAGUUACUUUACUACUGUUCUAACGGAUCCGGGUGGUGUGCCACCAAAUUGGAGGCCGUCAAUAGAUGAGGAGAGAGGUGAGACAGAUGCAUUGAUGGAACAUGGUGCAAAUUUAGGUUCAGACCGUUCAUCUGUGCUUGGUGAGCCAGCUAACCAAAGAACACGAUUCUGUCGGAAGUGCAACCAGUUUAAACCACCUCGAUGCCAUCACUGUUCUGUUUGUGGAAGAUGUAUAUUGAAAAUGGACCAUCAUUGUGUUUGGGUUGUCAAUUGUGUUGGGGCAUUGAACUACAAGUAUUUCUUUCUUUUCUUGGUUUACACAUUUCUUGAGACAACUCUCGUUACUUUAUCAUUAUUGCGACUGUUUAUAGCAUUUUUUGCUGAUGGUGAAAUAUCUGGAACACCAGGAUCCCUUGUAGCAACUUUUAUUACAUUCGUAUUGAACUUAUCAUUUGCGUUGAGUGUUAUGGGUUUCCUAAUUAUGCACAUAUCGUUGAUACUAGCCAAUACCACCACAAUUGAGGCAUAUGAGAAGAAAACUAAUCCUAAAUGGCAAUAUGAUCUUGGAAGAAAGAAGAACUUUGAACAGGUGUUUGGGACGGACAAGAGGUACUGGUUGAUUCCUGCUUAUUCAGAAGAUGAUUUGAAGCGCAUGCCAGUGCUUCGGGGUUUUGAAUAUCCGAUUAGACCGGAUUUAGAUGAGCUCCAACAGCUCUAAGCAUUUGGCAAUAUAGACUAUACUAAAAUGUCAUUCAUUUUUCUCACUUUUCUUGCGGCUUAAGCAUUCUGGAAUAGGUUUUUCUCACCAUGUGCACUUAGUGUUUGAACAAGCUUAUGAAGCUUGGACAAGGAAACCCAUCUGGUGCAAGGGUGUAUAUUAGCACGCCUUAGAAUCUUAGGAUUCUGUGACCUGAUUAUGCUGAAGGCCAAGCUAUACAUUUCUGUAUAUAUGUAGAGUUUUGAUUGAUAUGCCAAAUAUAUGAUAUGCGUGUAUUGCAUUCACGUACUUGAAUUCUGUGUAGUAUGCUGCUGUCUAUUUUUCGAUUUUUUCGGAUUGAAGCUUUCGUCGACAUUGUUUCUUAAUCAA